GUUCUCUUCUGCCAAAUCUCGCUUUUGGCAACAACAGCGCUUACGUUUCCUUGGUUAGGGAUGGCUUCACACCCCCCGUCACUCCUGGUUGCAAUAAGAGUUCUGGGCACCGGUAGGUCUGGCUAGGCGAUAUGAGGAGGAGAGUGUUAGGUUCAACAAGGUUGCAAUGGCAAUGCGUCGUUACGUUUAAUGAUGUGAUGAGGCACAACAAGAGGUGGCAGCGGAAGCCAUGGUUAAGGUUGUAGAUGCAGAGUACUGGGCCCAAAUGUGAUGGAGAAGAAGCACCUGGGUCCAUGUUAAGCCUAACGAACACCCAGGUGUGCCAUGAUUGCAACAAAGACAUGCAUGCUCGAAACUGAGCACACAUGUGUCUAAAUGUGAGCACUAAAAUUUGAACCCUGUUGGGUGGAGUCAUGUACCCACAACUCCUUCAUCCCAGGAAGAGCUCGCUCUCUUUCUAUCAUUCUUUUUUGUUUUGCUGAACUUCAAUAUGGUGAUUAUCUGUUGUUACUUAUCAAGGUCACUUUAUAUCUGAAUAUUCAGCAUUGUAGAUUUCCACGCACCACAUUAUGCGAUCUAAUGAACUCCCUCUUUCCACGGGAUACUGGGGUAUGUACCUGAUUGGUGUAUCUCUGGGUUACUUUUUGUUUCAUAACCUUAGUUCAAAAGGAAAUAUCAGGAGCACUCAAGUGGUAAAAGUCUGGGUUCUCGCGGCAUCAUUUUGGAUUUUGGCGAUCAUUCUUGACAGCUAUGUUGAAAGAGUUUCUCGACGAAUGUGUAACUUCGCCUAUGUUAUGCUUGUGUUUGGCCAGAAUUUUCAGGUUAUAUCUAUUCUCACACUAGCGGGGUCCAUUUCACAUGACAAGAAUUUGGUUCUUGAGGAAGCAUUCAAUCAAAAUAUGCUUGGGGUAUUCAUUGUGGCAAAUAUCCUAACUGGUCUAGUAAAUCUCUCAGUUGACACGCUUUCGGCCUCUCCCCUCGCUGCCUUCAUGAUUUUGGUAGCAUACACCUUUACUUUGUGCAUGCUUGCUGGUCUUGCUCAGUUUUCUGGUGUUAGGAUAAAAUUUUGGUGAAUAUGGAUUUUGUGUGGUACUGUACUUUGUAUGUAUGGAGUAUUUAAUCUUGAUUUUGAGGAAGACACGUUUGUGUAUUGAAACCGAGCCCUUAGAGCUCAUAUGUGGUCAAUUACCAAAGCCCUACCCAUUGCAGGUGGUAUAUGAAUCGAGGUGAGUGUUGUUUAUUCACACAGUACUCGUGAGAUCCAAUCUAAUAAAGAGAAUAAUCCUUAAAUGUUCCA